AUGAGUCAGUAUGACCUCAGAGAUAUGCAAAUGAAUGGAUCCAAACCUGCGUCCUUCACAGAAUUUGAACUGGUGGGUUUUCCGGGUCUCCUGGACUACAAGAUAUUUCUCUUUGUUGGAUUCCUUCUGCUGCUGUUAAUCACGCUUACGGCUAAUUUUCUUAUCCUCCUUCUGGUUUCGUUGGACCACCGGCUUCACACACCCAUGUAUUUUUUCCUUUGUAAUUUAUCCCUCUUGGACAUACUGAUGGCAACAUCAAUUAUUCCAAAACUCUUGGCAGUUCUCUCAGAAUUUAACAAAACUAUUUCACUUUCUGCUUGCAUUGGACAAAUGUAUUUCAUAGUAUCAGUUGGGACUGCAGAAAACUGCUUGGUGGCAGCGAUGGCGUAUGACCGAUACAUUGCUGUUGUUAAGCCACUGCAUUAUAAUGUGAUUAUAAAUUUCAAAAAAUCAUUUGGUGUGGCUGUGAUUGGUAAUUAUGUGCCCUUACUUUUCGUACUGUGGACUUAUGUCAGAAUUGUGAUUUCUGUUUUAAAACUUAAAACAACGGAGAGUCGAGCAAAAGCCUUUUCGAUGUGUUUUUCGCAUGUGACUGUAGUGGUUAUGUAUUACGUGUCUGCCUCCAUUGUACACGCAGGGUUAAGAAUUAACGGACUCUCAUAUGAUGGGCGAAUUUUUAUUGGAGGCUUGAAUUACUUUCUAAUGCCCAUGGUGAACCCUAUGAUUUAUAGUUUAAGAAAUGAAAAGAUGAAAGAAGCUGCGAAAAGAUACAUGCACCUUCAUUUUCUUUUUCCACAAAAUGCCAAAAAUUCUGCUGAUGGUACUGACAAGGUUUUAUCAAAAAAUGGAAACAUGUUUUCUUCAUGA